AGGGCCAAGAAACUUCUGAAGAGCUUUCUUCUGCUAUCCUGUUAACGUGCUGCGUGUCUUCAUGUGCUGAUAGUCUGUAAAAAGAGGAUCCAUUAGGAAUUUUUAGCACUUUGAGAUACAACAAUGGUGGUGCGUAUGCUGUUCAGGUGGAUUCUAAAAGGGCUUAUUCUGUCUUUUCUGCUCAAAACUACUCUGUCCCUAAACCCAGAUGAUCCAAAUGUUUGUAGUCAUUGGGAAAGCUACGCUGUGACAGUACAGGAAUCGUAUGCUCAUCCUUUUGAUCAGAUCUAUUAUACAAGAUGUACUGACAUACUGAACUGGUUCAAGUGCACUAGACAUAGAAUAAGUUAUAAGACAGCAUAUCGAAGAGGACUAAGAACUAUGUAUCGGCGAAGAUCUCAGUGCUGCCCUGGAUAUUACGAAAGUGGAGACUACUGUAUACCACUCUGCACAGAGGAGUGUGUGCAUGGAAGAUGUGUCUCUCCGGACACUUGUCAUUGUGAACCAGGAUGGGGAGGUACUGAUUGCUCUAGUGGUUGCGAUAGCGAGCACUGGGGACCCCACUGCAGCAACCGCUGCCAGUGUCAGAAUGAGGCUCUCUGCAACCCCAUCACGGGUGCCUGCGUCUGCGCCGAUGGGUACCGAGGAUGGCGCUGUGAAGAGCUCUGUGACCCUGGGAGCUACGGCAAGGGCUGCCAAUUUAAAUGCCAAUGUCACAACGGAGCUACCUGCGAUCAUAAAACAGGAGAAUGUCACUGUGCUCCCGGAUACACGGGGGUAUUGUGUGAAGAGCGCUGUCCCCCAGGCAGCCACGGAGCUCAGUGUGAAUUGCGCUGCCCUUGCCAGAACGGCGGAGUGUGCCACCACAUCACUGGAGAGUGCUCCUGUCCUCCUGGGUGGAUGGGGCUGGUGUGUGCACAGCCGUGUCCGCCUGGAACAUUUGGAAUUAACUGCAGCCAGGACUGUCCAUGCCACAACGGGGGACACUGUGAUCCCGUGACAGGAAAAUGCGUCUGUACAGCUGGCUAUAUAGGAGACAGGUGUCAAGAAGAGUGUCCUAUUGGGACAUACGGCUUUCAGUGCACACAAAGAUGUGACUGCCAAAACGGUGCCAAGUGUUAUCAUGUAAAUGGAGCGUGUAUGUGUGACCCUGGAUUUAAAGGGAUUUAUUGCCAAGAAAGAAUGUGUCCAGAAGGGUUUUAUGGCCUCAAAUGCAACAAGAGAUGUCCUUGCAAUAUUACCAACACUCUCAGUUGCCAUCCGUUGUCUGGAGAAUGUAGCUGCAAAGUUGGCUGGGCUGGACUCUACUGCAAUGAAACCUGUCCCCCCGGCUACUACGGCGAAGGCUGCCAGCUGACCUGCCCUUGCCAGAACGGUGCAGAUUGUGACAGCAUCACAGGGAAGUGUACGUGUGCACCGGGAUAUAUGGGAGAUGACUGCACCAUUACCUGCAUGGCAGGAACCUACGGUACCAAUUGCUCAUCAGUUUGUAAUUGCAAAAAUGAUGGCGCAUGUUCCCCUGUGGAUGGUCUGUGCUAUUGCAAAGAAGGGUGGCAAGGAGUGGAUUGCUCUAUUCCAUGUUCAAGUGGAAGCUGGGGUCUUAACUGUAACCAGACAUGUUACUGCACAAACGGAGCAGCCUGCAGGCCGGCUGAUGGCUUUUGUCUCUGCUCCCCUGGAUGGCAAGGGGAGUACUGCGACCAGCCGUGCCCUGAUGGAACAUAUGGCCUUAAUUGCAGUGAACGUUGUGACUGUAGCCAUGCAGACGGGUGCGAUCCUGUCACCGGUUAUUGCUGCUGUCUUGCGGGCUGGACAGGCAUCCACUGCGACAAUAUAUGCACCCAGGGCCGCUGGGGACCAAACUGCUCCAUCUCCUGUAACUGUGAGAACGGGGGAUCCUGCUCCCCAGAGGAUGGCACCUGUGACUGUGCGCCAGGAUACAGAGGACCCUUGUGCCAGAGAAUUUGUCCCCCUGGCUUUUAUGGGCACCACUGCAGUCAGCCAUGCCCUCAGUGUGUGCACAGCAGCGGGCCUUGUCACCACGUGUCAGGACACUGCGAUUGCUUGCCUGGAUUCUUUGGCGUUCUCUGCAACCAAGUCUGUCCCAGUGGAAAAUAUGGGAAGAACUGUGCCGAGGUCUGUCAGUGCACCGAGAAUGGGACGUGCAAUCCUAUCGAUGGAUCGUGUCAGUGUUUUCCAGGCUGGAUAGGCACGGACUGCUCUCAGACUUGUCCCACUGGUUUUUGGGGCCCUGAUUGCUUUCAUUCAUGCAACUGCCACAACGGAGCAAUGUGCAGCCCUUACGAUGGAGAAUGUAGAUGUACUCACGGUUGGACGGGGCUCUACUGCACUCAGCGUUGCCCAGCUGCUUUUUAUGGAAAAAACUGUGCCAAUGUUUGUCAGUGUCAGAACGGAGCGGACUGUGACCACAUCACUGGCCAGUGCACGUGCAGGACUGGAUUUACAGGCAAACAAUGUGAGCAAAAGUGCUCACCAGGAACAUUUGGCUAUGGUUGCAAACAACUAUGUGAAUGCAUGAAUAAUGCUACAUGUGACCAUGUCACAGGUACUUGCUACUGCAGUCCAGGCUUCAAAGGAAUCCGAUGUGAUCAAGCGGCUCUUAUGAUGGAAGAAUUAAACCCCUAUACUAAAAUUAGCCCCGCUCUUGGAUCAGAGAGGCACUCAGUGGGAGCAAUCAUUGGAAUUAUUAUUCUCCUUCUAAUUAUUAUGGUCUUGCUGGCACUGUUUGUGUGGUAUCGACGGAAACAGAAGGAGAAGGGCCAUGACAUGCCAAGUGUGUCUUAUACUCCAGCCAUGAGGAUGACUAAUACAGAUUACUCACUUUCUGGUGCUUGUGGGAUGGAUAGACGUCAGAACACAUACAUAAUGGAAAAAAGCUUCAAAGAUUAUAUGAAAGAAUCUGUGUGCAGCUCCAGCACUUGUUCUCUGAACAGCAGUGAAAACCCAUACGCCACCAUUAAAGACCCCCCCAUUUUAACAUGCAAACACUCCGAGAGCAGCUAUGUGGAAAUGAAAUCACCUGGUCACAGGGAGUCCCCAUAUUCAGAGAUGCCAACUUCAUCGACAGCCAAUAAAAACAUCUACGAAGUUGAGCCCACUGUCAGCGUGGUCCAAGACGCCCGUGGUCGGAGUGCCAGUUACCUCCAAAAUCCAUACGACCUGCCUAGGAACAGUCACAUUCCUAGUCACUAUGACCUCCUCCCCGUAAGGCACAGCCCGACGCACGGGCCAUCUUGGGACAAGCAGUCUUAA